AAAAGCCUUUCCAUUUUUCUUAUGCUUCUUCCUGGAGUUAAAACCCAUCAUGGAGACCCCAGGGCGGAAGAGUUUACAGUUCCUCGUGAUAGUAUGCUGGUUUUUCGUGAGCCUGGAAUCCCUUGCAGAGGCUGCGAAUGUUCUGUGCUACAAAACUUUUGAUGAAAUCUCAGGGACCUGCAGUAACUUAUUGGGAGAUGGAGUUUCCCAGGAAGACUGCUGCCUAAAUGAUCAAUAUGGUUUCCAGUUGACCGAGAACGGAGCCUGCCAAUCCUGCCGCGGAGCUCAGUGGAGUAAAUGGUCCUCAUGGAGUGCAUGCUCUGUCUCCUGCACUGAAGGUGUCCAGCGGCGCAGUCGCGUAUGUUAUGGCUACCACGAAGGGACAUGUCCAAUUGGCACACGUGACAGGGAAAUGAAAUCCUGCCUUCUGAAAGAAUGUUGCCCUGUGAUGGGUGGAUGGUCAGAAUGGAGUGCCUGGAAACCUUGCUCAGUGACCUGUCAAACUGGGACCCAGUUAAGGGAACGAACUUGCACCAAUCCAACUCCUGUCUGUGGAGGCACUUGCACAGGAUACAACAGAGAAACCAAGCCAUGCGAUACCGGGCAGAUUUGCCCAACUCAUGGAAACUGGGGCAGCUGGGGACCUUGGCAGCCCUGCUCCCACACUUGCUCGAUAGAAGGCUCAGCCGGACAGCCUCAUCAACAACGAUCCCGUCUGUGUAACAACCCCGCGCCUUCUCUCAGUCCUCUGGGCAAGCCAUGUCCAGGAGCAAGAGAGGAAUCCCAAAGCUGCACAGGACUGCCCUACUGUCCACGGGAUGGCAACUGGGGUGGCUGGAAACCGAUGCAACCCUGCACUGUGACCUGUGGGGUUGGCCAAAUCUUGCAGAAGCGUCUAUGUGACAACCCUCCACCAAAGCAUGGAGGGAAGAAUUGCCUUGGGGACGACGUGCGUAGACAACCCUGCACCGUUAAGGUGCCCUGCCCAGUGGACGGUCAUUGGGAUGAAUGGGGUCCUUGGGCGCCUUGUAGCCGUCCCGGUUUUGAAAUUGAGUGUGAGGAAAUCCCCACCUCUCAGAUGAGAAACAGGAAGUGUAUUGGACGGCGCAAUGCUGGCAAGCCUUGUGCGGGAUUGCGCGCGGAAAGCAGGGUCUGCUACAGUUUCGAAGGAUGCCCUUUGACGGGGACCUGGUCAGUUUGGAGUCCUUGGGGUCUUUGUGAGCCAGUCUGUGGACCUGAACCUAAAAGAACUCGUAAGAGAGUCUGCACGCCCAUCUAUCCUAAUUAUCCGUAAGGGUGAGGUCA